CUUCAUGUCAAAAAAUCAGUAAUUGUCCCUAAAACAAAAAAAAUGUUCGAAAAUUCCGUUUAUUUGGGUCACUUUUGGAAUAAACCGAACGAUGCUUCGAAUAGUAGUUACUUCUUAGGUAGUGAUUUUUCUAGUAUCGAACAUACAGUACUGUCAAUUAUCUUGGACUUAUUUUUAACUUUAGUAGUUAUAUUUACAACUUCUGUAAUAGCAGAUGAGUUCUUAGUUCCAAUUUUGGAAGCCCUCGCUAAACUAUUCCGAAUGCCAGAUAAUUUAGCUGGAGUGACGCUUCUAGCUUGGGGUAAUGGGGCACCGGACAUUUUCACCUGCAAAGCCGGGUUUAUCCAAGGACCGGAGCAAGCUGGCUUAGCUGUCGGCGCUUUACUCGGAGCGGCGCUGUUCGAUUUUCUCCUUGUUGUCGGCAUCGUGACUUUGUCGGCUAGAGAACCCUUUCGAAACGCGUCACGACCUUUUCUACGGGACAUUAUUUUUUACAUUAUAGGCUCAACAACUGUCAUUUACUUGGUGGUGUAUGUAAAACAGCUGGAUUUUACAUUUUCAUGUAUAAUUUUAUCAGUUUAUAUUACCUAUAUUGGUGUUGUUGUGGUAGGUCGAAUCAUCAGGGCUCGAUUAAUUUUACAAAGUCAACAUUUCGAUUAUACUGCCAACAUCGGAAAUGGUAGCUUUGAGGAAAAUGAUAGUCUGGAAACUGAUGGUUUAUCAGCCGAAAAUAACCCAUUUUCAACGCUCGGAAGCAACUCGAUAUCGACAGAAAGUUCAUUGUCGGAAAACAUCGACAACGAGGACUACAUAACGAACAAUGAACAAAAUAAUGCUCAAUGUUCGCUAUUUUUUCUCGACAUGAAACAAGAAUUUACCCAAGCAUUCAACGAUAUCUUACCUUUCGAUUUGUUUGAUCAUGAAAACAGGUUCAUGUUUUUCUUUUCGAUUGUCAAAGCUAUUGUAGUUUGCCCUGUUAGAUUAUUUAUACACGCCCCUCAAUUGGACGAAAAUGAUGAAUAUGUUUGGCACAAAUUAACAAUAAGCGUUCAAACUUUUUUUGGAUGUGUGGUCUUAUCAUAUUUGAUACUUCAAAACAAGUUGAUUAAACACCAUUUUCCGGGAAAUUCUGAAUGUCCAUUAUUAGCUUACAUACUUUCCGGUAGCAUAAUUUUAUCGUUUCUUACCUAUUUAUCAACAAAACGAAAGAAAGCGCCUAAAUUUUAUGUUGUCUAUUUUUUACUAAAUUUUUCAAUAUGUUUUCUGAUAUCUUCACGAAUUGUUGACUUGUUAGUUGACAAACUUACUGAAAUUUCGACUGAUUUGAAAAUCACCCCCACAAUUAUGGGAAUGACACUUCUCGCGUGGGGGAACUGUUUGGGAGAUAUAGUUUCCAACGGAGCUAUGGCCCGCAACGGGAAACCGCGAAUCGGAGUUUCCGCCUGUUUUGCGGGACAGCUGACGAAUCUCCUACUCGGCGUUACUUUCGCUGGAUUUUACGCCGCGAUCUCAGUUGACAAUGUUUCAAUCACGUUCACUCCUAACCUUGUUGAUAUCAGUUUGUGGCUAGCAGUUGUCGUGGUUUGUUUCGUGCAUAUGUUUGCGGCCGUGUUUUUAGAUUUUACACAUUCUAAAUUCUGGUGUAUUUUAAUGAUUGUCUGCUAUUUUCUGGUCAUCAUACCAAUUGUUUUUGUCUCAAUUUUUGUUCCUGAAAAGACAAUUGAUGCUUAAAUAAUUUCACAUCUUGAAUCUUGAAUUAUUUUUCAUAGCAUUGCUGAGUUGUAAAUUUGGCUAUUAUU